AUGACCCCCGCCGGCAGACGACCUGCAUUGCACGCGCUUCCGGACGACGUUCUCCUUCUCGUCAUCAGCCAUGUCGACGUCCCCGACAUUCUCUCGCUCCGCGCGGUACGUCCCGCUCGCACAUCGCGCCGCUUCUGCGCUAUGAGCAAGUUGCGCUGGGUCUGGUACGACGCGAUCCAGCGGCACGUCGUCCAAAAGGGUCUCCCCAUCCCCGCCGCCACCACCGACCUCAAAGCCCUCACAUCCGAGCACCUUGAGGCCCGCACUGUGCAUGCCUCGCGCUUCCACGCCAACUGGAACGCUCCUCGCCCCGUCACACGCGCCGCCAUCGAGUUCUGUGCCGAAUCGUCGCGCGACCCCGAUGCCGACGGCCCCCACGCGGUCUCGCACGUCGCGUUCCUCCCUGGACACAACGGUCAAUACCUCCUCACCACGGUCGGGAAGACCCUGGCCGCAUGGGAGAUCCCGCUUGGCUCAUCCGAAGCGUAUUGCGUCGCGGAGUGGGUGUCCACGAGGAAGAUCGAGGGGAUGGUGGUGAAUGACGACCCAAAGGGCGAAGUUACGGUGGCGAUCGUGAGCGCGCAUCCGACCGCUGAGGGAGUCGUCGAAUGUCGCUCGCUUUCCUUCGACAAGUUCCGUGGGCGGUUCUAUUGCCGAAUGGAACUACGCGCCCGCCGGGAGGUCGUCUCCCCCCUCCACUACCUGCAUGAUGACUACCUCGUGUUCGGCGACCCGAUGCAUGUCUGCUUCCUCGGGGCACCCACACAUGUGAAGCCGCUCGGUAACGCCGCUUUGUCGGAAAUGACUGACAACCGGGUGCUUGCUGUGAAGGUCAUCAACCGAUAUCUCUUGGUCAUACGACAACGCGCCUUUGAGGUCCUCUUUGCGCCAACCUGGAAAGGCAUGCGCGCGUCCUAUCCUUCACUGGUGUCAGCAAGCGUGUCGAUCGAGAUGGACAUCUCUGCCUCAAACGCCACCAUCGUCUUCCGACAAUCACCAUACGACGCGUCAGAAGACCAACCAGACUGGCCCUCUGAGCCCGUCACGGUGCUCUCUCGGUACUCGGACGACGGCUUCGACACCCUGCACCAGUACGACUUCCUGCCGAAUCCCAUGGCAAAACGCACCGAGCUCGAGAAGGGCGCACCGCCGACCACAAUGGAGUACAUACCCUGCAUCUUCCCCUCGCGCUCGACAACGAUCGUCAGCGUCGCCCCUUCGAGCUGCGACUUCCGCGUCGGCCCCAGCGGCAAGGGCUUCUGGACCGAGACGCGCAACAUCACCCUCCGCCACGCGCGCACGCCCGCGCGCUGCCUCGUCGGCUUCACCGUCCGUCCAGCGACGCCGCGCGACCGGGACCCAAAAGCAUGCAAGGCGCGCCGCGUGGCGCGGCUCGAGCUCUGCAAGGACGCGCUGUACUGGCGCCGGUGCAACAUCCACGAGAUCCUGUGGAAGAAGUACAUGAUGGUGUCGACCGCGUUCGAGGACACUGUGGGGCGUAUCGCGAUUGGGGACGCAAUGGGAAGGGUGGAGGUGCUCGACCUCGCGUGA